AGCAAUAAAAAACCCGGCGGAAAGCGGCGGCGGGGCGGCGGGGCUGGCGGGGAGAUCCCGGCGGAUCCCGGCCGCGCUCAGCCCGGCUGAUUGGAAGAGCGAACGCAGCGCCAUGGAGGCGGGGGAAAGCGCGAUCGUCUCUGCGGGGACUGGAGCGCGUCCACGCCCGGGGCCAGCGCUGCAGAGCUGGCCGCCGUUCAACCGCCGCUCCCCCGCCCCGGCCCCGCCGAGCGAGCCCCGAGCCCCCGCCGCCGCCCCCCAAAAAGCGGCGGCCCCGCCGGUACGUGCCCGCGCCGGGGGAGCCGCCGCCGCCGUGCCCCGCCGCGCCGCGCCGUGCCCGCCGCCCGGGCUCGCCAUUCGCCGCCGCGCCGCUCCGCCGGCGGGGCUGGAGGAGGCGCUUUGUUCCUCCCCGGGCUCCCGCUGCCGCCGCCGCUGCCGCCGCCGCCACCGCCGCGCUCCGGGCUCGAGCCGAGCGGGGAGUGAUUUCGGGAAGCGGGCAAGGAGGGAGCCGGCGGGACCGUGCUGGGCACAGGCAGGUGGAGGAUGAACGGCGAAGCCGAGUGCCCUGCAGACUUGGAAAUGACAGCUCCCAAAAACCAAGACCGCUGGUCGCAGGAGGACAUGCUGACCCUCCUGGAGUGCAUGAAGAAUAACCUGCCCUCCAACGACGGGAGCAAGUUCAAAACCACCGAGUCCCACCUGGACUGGGAAAAAGUGGCUUUCAAGGACUUCUCGGGGGAGAUGUGCAAGAUGAAGUGGAUGGAGAUCUCUAAUGAGGUGAGGAAGUUCCGGACCCUCACAGAGCUCAUUAUGGAUGCUGAAGAGCAUGUGAAGAACCCUUACAAAGGCAAAAAGCUCAAGAAACACCCCGACUUCCCCAAGAAGCCCCUGACUCCCUAUUUCCGCUUCUUCAUGGAGAAGCGGGCCAAGUACGCCAAGCUUCACCCCGAAAUGAGCAACCUGGAUCUCACCAAGAUCCUGUCCAAGAAAUACAAGGAGCUUCCCGAGAAGAAAAAGAUGAAAUACAUCCAGGACUUCCAGCGAGAGAAGCAGGAGUUUGAGAGGAACCUGGCGAGGUUCAGGGAAGACCACCCGGAUCUCAUCCAGAACGCCAAGAAAUCUGACGUCCCCGAAAAACCCAAGACCCCCCAGCAGCUGUGGUACAACCACGAGAAGAAGAUCUACUUGAAAGUGCGUCCAGAUGUGAGUACGGCCACCACGAAGGAGGUGAAAGAGUCGCUGGGCAAGCAGUGGUCUCAACUCUCGGAUAAAAAGAGGCUGAAAUGGAUUCAUAAGGCCCUGGAACAGCGGAAGGAGUACGAGGAGAUCAUGCGGGACUACAUCCAGAAGCACCCGGAGCUGAACAUCAGCGAGGAGGGAAUCACCCGCUCCACCCUCACCAAGGCCGAGCGGCAGCUCAAGGACAAGUUUGACGGACGACCCACGAAGCCACCUCCGAAUAGCUACUCCCUGUACUGUGCAGAGCUGAUGGCCAACAUGAAAGACGUGCCCAGCACCGAGCGGAUGGUGCUGUGCAGCCAGCAGUGGAAGCUGCUCUCUCAGAAGGAAAAGGAUGCAUACCACAAAAAGUGUGACCAGAAAAAGAAAGACUACGAGAUCGAGCUGCUCCGCUUCCUGGAGAGCCUGCCCGAGGAGGAGCAGCAGCGGGUGCUGGGCGAGGAGAAGAUGCUGGGCGGCAACCGGAAAGGGGCGACGAGUCCCGCAUCCAAAAAAUCCUCUCCGGAGACCGGCAAGGCCAGCUCCGAGAAGCCCAAGCGACCCAUCUCUGCCAUGUUCAUCUUCUCGGAGGAGAAGCGGAAGCAGCUGCAGGAGGAGCGGCCGGAGCUGUCGGAGAGCGAGCUGACCCGGCUCCUGGCCCGCAUGUGGAACGACCUCUCAGAGAAGAAGAAGGCCAAGUACAAAGCGCGGGAGGCGGCGAUGAAGGCGCAGUCAGAGAAGAAACACGGCUCAGAUAAAGAGGAGCGUGGGAAACUGCCCGAGUCUCCCAAAACAGCCGAGGAGAUCUGGCAACAGAGCGUCAUCGGGGACUACCUGGCUCGUUUUAAGAACGACCGGGGCAAAGCGCUGAAGGCCAUGGAGGCCACUUGGAACAACAUGGAGAAGAAGGAGAAGCUGAUGUGGAUCAAGAAAGCGGCGGAGGAUCAGAAGCGAUACGAGAGGGAGCUGAGCGAGAUGCGGGCCCCUCCGUGCUCCACCAACUCCACCAAGAAAAUGAAAUUCCAGGGAGAGCCGAAGAAACCCCCCAUGAAUGGUUACCAGAAGUUCUCCCAGGAGCUGCUGUCCAACGGGGAGCUGAACCACCUCCCGCUGAAGGAGCGGAUGGUGGAGAUCGGCAGCCGCUGGCAGCGCAUCUCCCAGGGCCAGAAGGACCACUACAAAAAACUGGCAGAGGAGCAGCAGAAACAGUACAAGGUGCACCUCGACAUCUGGCUCAAGAGCCUCUCGCCCCAGGAGCGGGCUGCCUACAAGGAACACAUUUCCAAUAAACGCAAGAGCAUAGGGAAGAUCCGGGGUCCCAACCCCAAGAUGAAGCCAACGAUGCAGUCCAAGUCGGAGUCAGAGGAUGACGACGAGGAGGAAGAGGAGGAGGAAGACGACGAUGAAGACGAGGAUGACGAUGACGACAACGGCGACUCGUCGGAGGAAGGCGGCGACUCCUCGGAGUCCAGCAGUGAGGAGGAGAGCGAGGACGGGGACGAGUGUGAAUGCCGAGUAAGUCACCAGAGUCAAAGCUUUACACCGGUGCAACUGAAAUCAGAGUAUGCUGGAUGGCGCUGGGGCCAGAAACCGUGUCCGUGCCUUGUGCUCGCCACCGGACAGAACGAUGAGGAUGACGAAGAUGAGGAUGAUGAGGAUGAGGAUGACAACGACUCAGAGGGCAGCAGCAGUUCCUCCUCCUCCUCGGGGGACUCCUCCGACUCCGACUCCAACUGAUCCGGCCAAGCUCUCCGUAACGUCGUUUGGUUUCUCGGUUUCGGUCCCAAAUCCCACUCGCAGCCCCCCAAAAUCCUUCCUCUGCUUCCUCCUGACCCCCUGGGCGAGACACAGCCCCCCCGUGGGACCCCCAACACGAGGAACAGGGGUCGGGGGGACCCCUCCACCAAGCUCACACUACGGAGGGGGAUCAGGGGGCUGCCCCCCCCCGGCUGGGGGGCAAGGAGGGGGCCCCCCAUCCCUCCCCCCCGCUUUACUCCCGAGGGGAAGCGAUUUAUUUUUAUUUUGAAUUUCAUUCUUUUUGGGGAGGGGGGCAUCCCUACCCCCAUCACCCCCUCGCUACCAGCUCCGGACUUUAUAGAAAGAGAAGAAAAACACACAGGAAAACAAAAAAACACAAAACAAAAAAAAGAAACAAACAACAGCGCCCCCCCCUCCCCCAACACACCUUUUUUUUUAAUUAAAAAACCCAGAAACGGAGAAAAAAAAUAUCCCCCCCUCCCCGCGCAGCCCCUCCGGCAGCGGGCGCGGAGCACGAGCCGAGGCGCUCAGGACUCAGCCGAUGGGACAAUGUCUCCUUUUGCAACCUCCCCCACCCCUCUGUGCACCCCCCCCCAAAAAUAACCCCUUGUACAGUCUGGAAGCUGCACCGGGAGCUGCCCGGGAACUCUGCAUCCACGGCACUUGGGAACGCCGGCCACGGACCGGACCGUGACCACCCCCUGCCCCGGCACGUCCCCGAGUUGGUGGGGGGUGGGAUUGGGGGGGGGGGUUGAAGGGAGGGGAGGGGGGAGUGUGUGUGCGAGCGUGCGAGUGUGUGCCAGGGUGGGGGGCACCCGGGGGCUCAGCGUGACCAAGGGGGGGGCGCGGGGUCCCCCCCGCUCUGUUGUCGGUGGUUGUUGUGCCGUUGUAUUUUAUUUUAUUUUUUUGUUUGUUUUUUUUUUUCCUUUUUAUAAAACGAGAAAGAUCCAUCUUUUAUUUUUCAUUUCCCCCCCCCCCGUCCACAUCCCCCUCCCUCUUUCCACCCGUUUUCCUUCCCCUCCCUUCCCCCAUUUUCCCCUCCACAUCCAGUGAAGCUGCUCCUCUCCCUUCGCCCCAAAUCCUUGGGGGGGGGGGGGUGUGACACCAGCACUCCCCUUGCCCCAGUUUACCCCCAGUUAUCCCCAGUUUGUCCCCCCCACCGUGGAGGUUUCAUGCCCCUCGGGCCAUGCUGUAAAUAUUGGUGUGGUUUGGGUUUAUUUUGGGGGGGUCAAUGCCCCCCUCCCUGGGAGGGGGAUGGGGCCGUGGGGACCGGGGUGGGUGCAUUGGGGGGGGCCUGUCAGAGGUCCCCCCCUUUUUUUAAGCAGACACGAGCACCAGCAAUCCCACGGCACCUCCCUGCAGGGUUCCUGUCCCCCCACCCCACGCCCCCCCCCAAAAAAAAAACCCCCCACACCCGGUGUCACUGGGGACCCCCACUAUACUGGGGGGGGCACAAGGUUGGUUCUUUCUGCCCCCUCCCAUCCUGACCCUGGAGACGAGCUGGGCUGUGGGACAGGAUUUGGGGGGCCCCAGGGAAGGGGACGGAGGGCACUGCCCCCCUCCCAGCUGAGGAGGGGGGGGCCGGUGGGGGCUUUUUCUCCCCUGGGCUAUAACUUGGCCAUUUUUCUCUUCUUUUCACUCAAAUCGCAGUGGGGGCUGAGGGGAGGGUCAAGCUGCAGGUUUGGGGUUUUGAGGGGUGUCCCUCCCCUCCCAUCUCUAACCCCCUCCCAGGUUUGCUGCUCUCAGCACCCCAAAUCCCCCUGAAGACUUGGGGGUGGCAGGGGGGGCAACACCCCUUAUCCCGGCCUCAAAUUGGGCUGAAAAACCACCAUUUUGGGCAAGCGACCCCAAACCUGGUGGGGGUGGGGGUGAACCCGGGUUCUCCCGCACGGACAAUCCCCCUGUGUCCCCCCCGGGACCGGGGCCCCGAAGAGAACCCAGAUGGUGUCCCCCUCCUCCAUAAUGUCUGUCUGUCCAUCCCUCUGUCUCCUCCUCCCCUUCCCCAAUCCAUUUGGGAUUUUCCUUUCAUUUUCUUCCCAAUUUUUAAUCCCCCUUCCCCCCCUGAAAUCCCCUAAGGGGAACCCCGCCAUCCCUUUUUUUCUGCUGAAUGUACCCAGCACCGUCGUGUUUCAGUGGAUGUGUUUUUAGUACAAAAAAAAAGACAAAAAAAAAAUUACCCCCCUUUCCCCCCCUCUUUUUUUCUGUUUAAAAAAAAAUAAGAAAAAAAGGUAAAAAAAAAUUAAAUAAUAAAAAAGAAAAAUUCUUACAGCGCCGACAAAUUUGGGGAGGGGGUGGGGGGAGAAGGUGUUUGCGCUGCAAGAGAAUUCCUGAGUGCAUUUUGGCACUGCCACAAAAUCCCGGGAUCCUUUAGAUGGAAGUUCUUGUGAAUUACGUUAAAAAAAAAAAAAAAAAAAAAAAAAAAAAAAAGGCAAAAAAACCCACCGGAAAAAAAAAAAUAAGAUUAAAAAAAAAAUCAUCUUUUUUUUCUAAUAUUUAAAGAGUGUUUUUGUAGGUUUAAAAAAAAGACAAAAAAAAGAAAAAAAAAGAAAAUAAUAAUAAUAAUCCCGACUUGGAAUUUGUACGGCUGAGCGGGACACGGGGGGUCGUGUCCACGGUUUCCCGGUUUGCUUGGGGUUUCAGUUCUUUUUUUUUGUUGUUGUUUAUUUUGGAGCUUUUUGGGUUUUUUCUUUUUUUUUUCUGGUUUUUUUUUUUUUUGGUUGGUUUUUUUUUGUUGUUUUUUUUUUUUUUGUAUAAUAAAGUGAAAAAUAAUGUU